GCGUUUCUCUCUAGCCCCCCCCCCCCCUCUCUCUCUCUCUCUCUCUGCUCUUCUCGCUUUUCUGAACCGCGCUGUCCCUCAUGAACUAAAAAAGCGCUUUUCUUUUCAGCCCAGAAAAAUCUCAAAACCUCAAAUGGCUUUUCACCACCACCAAACCCCUCACGAAAUGGCCUUCCACGGCUCCUUUCCUGACACCCAACAACCCCCCCAGCUCGCCCCCACGUGGCUCAACGCGCAGCCGUUCCGCUCCCUGAACAGCUUCUCCCGGAACGACGACGUCGUCAUAUCGCCGUCCGGGAAGAGCGGCGAUCGCGGCGGCGAAGAGGACGAGGAGGAUGAACUGGAGUGCGAGAGCGGGAGGUUCAAAGCCGACAUAGUAGGCCACCCUUUGUACGAACAGUUGGUCUCCGCACACGUUUCGUGCCUGAGGAUCGCCACGCCGGUCGACCAGCUGCCCAAGAUCGACGAGCAGCUCGUGCAGUCGCAGCGCGUGGUGGACAAGUACUCGGCGAUGAGAGCCAACGGCGAUUUCCAAGUUAUGGAUGAGAAAGAACUUGACUCGUUCAUGACAAACUAUGUUCUUUUGCUUUGUUCCUUCAAAGAACAACUGCAGCAACAUGUUCGAGUUCAUGCCAUGGAGGCAGUCAUGGCUUGUUGGGAGCUUGAGCAAUCUCUACAAAGCUUAACAGGUGUAUCAACGGCUGAGGGCACAGGGGCCACAAUGUCCGAUGAUGAUGAACAAUUCGACAGUGACAUUAACUCGUAUGAUGCGAGUCUAGAUGGACAUGACACCAUGGGAUUCGGUCCUCUCGUGCCAACUGAAAGUGAGAGAUCUCUAAUGGAGCGCGUAAGGCAAGAAUUGAAGCAUGAAUUGAAACAGGGUUACAAGGAAAAGAUUGUCGACAUUCGUGAGGAAAUUCUGCGUAAGAGAAGAGCAGGGAAACUUCCAGGUGACACCACUUCUGUGUUGAAAGCUUGGUGGCAAACACAUUCCAAAUGGCCUUACCCAACUGAGGAAGACAAAGCGAGGCUAGUGCAGGAAACAGGGUUGCAAUUGAAGCAGAUUAAUAACUGGUUUAUCAAUCAAAGAAAAAGGAACUGGCACAGCAACCUCUCCACAACUUCUGUUUUGAAGAGCAAGCGCAAGAGUAAUGCAGGUGAUGGCAACACUCAACAAUUCAAGUAACCGUGACCACUUUAACUUAUGGAGAGAUGAAAAUCUAGCAUCAGAAAUGGGCUGCAAGGAGAUAUUUUGUUUGAAGAAGUUUAUGUCUAGUACAGUAAAAGCUUUAGAGCAGUAUAUGGUGAUGCUGCCUCAUGUCCUUGAUCACUCCUGAGUCUGACACCAUUCUAGUACCACAUCUCAUCAAACGUUGCAUGUAACAGGAACAAACUCAAAGGAGGCUGUCUUUGGGUCUAGAUAGAGUUUUUGUAAGCUAAGAACCUCUACAUUUAAAUGUUUGCCUUCUGUAUUUGAUUUCUAUGGAUGAGAAUGGUUAUAAUAUAGUUUAUAGAUGUUUCAUA